GAGAUUAAUGUGGCUGUAACCACCACUGGGUUAUUUAGGUCAUGGCACACAUUCAAACCUUAUUUAUAUCUGUGCUAUUUAUGUGUGCUGACCCUCCUUUGAUGCCCAUCUCUCUCUCUCUCUCUCUCAUUCCAGUGCAACCAUAAAGGCUCCACAUCUUGGCUUUGCUGUGACAUCCAGCACCUUCUGCAUGUCAAUUACUAUGGGGAUGGAGACUUUGAAGGCCCUGAGAGCUUAAGCAUCUUGUCUUCUGCAGGUCGAGAUCCCACCGAGAUGGGUCGAUCACCUUGCUGCGAGAAGGUGGGCUUGAAGAAGGGGCCCUGGACGCCGGAGGAAGACCAAAAGCUGCUCGCCUACAUCGAGAAGCACGGCCACGGGAGCUGGAGAGCGUUGCCUGCCAAAGCCGGGCUGCAGAGGUGCGGGAAGAGUUGCAGGUUGAGGUGGACCAACUACCUGAGACCAGAUAUCAAGAGGGGCGAGUUCAGCUUGCAGGAGGAACAGACCAUCAUCCAACUCCAUGCUCUCCUUGGGAACAGAUGGUCUGCAAUUGCCACCCAUCUGCCCAAGAGAACGGACAACGAGAUCAAGAACUACUGGAACACCCACCUGAAGAAGCGGUUGGCCAAGAUGGGCAUCGAUCCCUGCACCCACAAGGCCAAGAGCGACGCCCUCGUCUCCGCCGACGGCCACUCCAAGAGCGCCGCCAACCUCAGCCACAUGGCGCAAUGGGAGAGCGCACGCCUCGAAGCCGAGGCGCGCCUCGUGAGGGAGUCGAAGCUUCGUACAGCAUCCAACUCCACGAUCCUGCAGCAGCAGCAGGAGCAGCCGCAGCAUCAGUUGGGGUCGUCUUCGUCGUCGUCCUCCACCACCGCACUGCCUCCUGCUCUGCUGGCCAGCAAGCCGGGCGCGCCCCCCGGACCGCCUCCCUGCCUCGACGUGCUCAGGGCGUGGCACGGAGUCUGGCCGGCGAAGCCAGCCAUCGAACGGGUCGACCUGGAGUCGCCCACUUCCACCUUGAGCUUCGCGGCCGCCGGCGUGGGGCUCGUGGACGGCAAUGCGGCGGCGGUCAGGCAUCAAGGAGGCGAAAAUUUGGAGCCGGAGACCGCGGACUGGAAGUGCUUGGCGAAGGACCGAAUGGACAGCUUCGCAGGGUUCUCGGUAGAUGCCUUCGGCGGGGAGGCGCCAUGGCUGCCGGAGCCAUACACCUCCCAAGAAGGGUGCGCAUGGGGACAGUUCGGAGCAGGACUCACCGGACUGCUGCUGGGUGACUCCGGCGCCCAGAAGCCUCUUGGCUACUGCGGCGAUUCCUACGCAACCCGACGUGAGACCUGCGAGGAAGAGGACGAGGAGGAGGAGGAGGAGGAGGAAGACGAGGAGGAGAAGGAAGGAGAGGCGAAGAAAAGCUACUGGAACAGCAUUCUCAACUCGGUCAACUCCUCGUCCUCUUCCAACUCUGCGCCGGCGCCGGCGUUCUACAACAACUCAGCUCGCGUAGAUUUCCUGCGUAGAUCUCCUGUGCCAUGAAGUAGCCGUAGGAUUCAAAUCCACUACGUAUAGUCUAAGAUUGUGAUGGGAACCAAAAAAAUAAGAGGAAUAAAAAGGGGAUGAUGUGCUCGUAUUGUCCUUUUCUUGGAUUCUCCUUGGAAUUGUAAUGUUUGAAGUAUAUAUAUAUAAUUGUACUGCUCCAUUCCGUAAUUGCUAUCAAGAAACGAGUCAAGCAUUUGGAGGCCUUUGCUGCAGUUGAUCACGAGAUCAUCACCAUGGCGACUGUGUUUCUGAUUUGAUCGACUCCUCUUUUCUUUUCUUCUUCUUGGGGAUUUUGAGUAUCAUAAAUUUCAUUUGUUUUGUACCUUUGGAUAUGAGACUAAAUCCAAGUAUAUACAUCAAAAUCUAACAGUUAUAGGGAAAUAUAACUCUGGGAGGCACCAUUCUGCGGCUUAAAUCCUCCUCCG